AUGGCGAGCGCCGAGGCGGAACGCGCGGCGCCGGCUGCGGUGGCGUGCGGCGGCGGGAGGGCGGAGAUCGACACGUCGGCGCCGUUCGAGUCGGUGCGGGAGGCCGUCGACCGCUUCGGCGGCAGCGCCGCCUGGAGCUCCCACCUCGUCAGGCGCAUGUUCGCGCCGCCCAACCCCAAGCAGAAGGAGCAAUCUGAAGAAUGUGGACAGGCUGUUGAUGUCAAAGAGCAGGCUGCGCAACUAGAACAUGAUCUUAUCAUCAAAGAAAAGGAAACACUUGAAGUGUUGAAGGAAUUAGAAUCUACCAAGAAAAUCAUAGCAGACUUAAAACUGAGAAUACAGAAGGAAUCAGAUGAAGCAUCUCCUGCAGCUGUGAAGUCUGAUGACCAAAUCGAAGUUCCUGUGGCAGAAUCUGAAGAGCAGCAACCUGAAAAUGUUGCCACAGAUAUGGAUAUGGAAGGCCUAGAUGAGCAUCCACUACAGCUUUCAUGUUCAGUCUUGUUGGAGCUUCAGCAGGCAAAAGCAAACCUAAACAGAACUACAAGUGACCUGGCUGCAGUACGAGCUGCAAUUGAGUUACUGCAUAAUAGUAUAACAAAAGAGAAAAUUUUGCUUGAGAGAGGCCGAGAAAAGCUUUCUUCCAAUACAGAAUUGAUUUCCUCUUUGGAGGAUGAGCUAGAUCAGACGACACAAAAGUUGCAAACCCUGAAAGAUUUGCAGGCAAGACGUGAAGACCCCUCAGACAUUUUCAUUGAGAUCAAGAAAAUGGCAUCAGAGGUACAGCAGCUCAGGGGCAUGGCCAAUGCUUCAAAGUCUGAGGCUAUGAUGCUGGCUGCCGAAAUUGAGCAGACGAAGGCUAGCAUUGGCACAGCAGAGGUCAGAUGCAUUGCAGCCAAGAAGAUGGAAGAAGCUGCUAGAGCUGCUGAAGCACUUGCACUUGCUGAGAUCAAAGCUCUAUUGAGUAGUGAAAGUUCUUCUGAAUGUGGCAGCUCUGUUUGCGAUGGAGUGACUCUUUCAAUGGAAGAGUAUUUCGAGCUGUGCUCGAAAGCUCAAGAGGCUGAUGAAAACUCAAGGAAGAAGGUAGAAGACGCCAUGCUGCAGGUAGAUGUAGCUAACAGCUCAGAGACCGACUCGGUUAAAAAGCUAGAAGAUGCCAGAUUAGAGGUUGAGGAAUGCAAGAGGGCACUGCAAGAGGCCCUGAAGAGGGUGGAAACCGCAAACCGUGGGAAGCUUGCAGUUGAAGAGAUUCUUCGCAGAUGGAAAUCUGAGAAUGGCCACAAAAGGCGCUCUAUCGGUGGCUCUCCAAAGUUCAAAAAUGCAGCUCAACGACGCAAAGAUUCACAACACAGCAUGGAUAUCAUCUCUGAUGCUUCCACUAACUCCCUCAAGCCAACGCUGUCAAUUGGGCAGAUACUAAGCAUGAAGUUGAUGGGUCCUGAAGGGUAUGACAAAACCAUCUGGGACGACAAAACAAGCGAGAUGCCGAACGUCUCCCUUGGUCAGAUUCUGAACAGGGGUAGAGUUCUGUCCAGAGAAGACACGGUUGUUCGCAAGAGGGUUUCAGGAAAGAGGAAGAAAUUCGCAUUGACAGGGCUCUCGGUUAUCUUGGCAAAGCAAUCCAAGAACAAGAAGAAGAGGGAGUCCUUCUGAGCCGCUACAAAGUAGAUCAAUCUUAGUUGUAGUUUAGCUGUAUUUAUGUAGCUGCUAGCUGCUGUUCAAUCUGCCGUUCUGACAAGUAGCUAAUUGUCGGACCCCUUUCAUCCUGUGUACUAGCACAAUAUCCGUACCAUUAUGCUGCAGUUCGCUCUGCUGAUUAGUAAUUAGAGCCGUGCUUUAGCUGUACUUGUAUCGUUUCACAAUCUAAAUCGAUGGAUUUAAUUAUCCCUC